UUUUUAAAACGAACAGGAGGAUUGCUUAACGGCUAAAUAUUUUUUUCUUCUAAAUAAUAGCUGCGGGUUGGGAAAACGGCGUUCAUUGCCAGCUGAGUGUUACAUAACCGAGUGGCUUUAGCUGUCCAAGGUGCUGAACUGAGCGGGUCGCAGCCUAUAGCGGGACGAGCCGUGGGGAAUUCACAACCUUGCAAGGUCACAGGCCUGUCAAUCGGCGGAGGAGGAAAAGCGCCGGAUCUCAUCGCACUGAUCCGAACCUCUGGGUUAUAGAUUGGCGUUUCCCACUACGUCUCGUGGAGGAAUACAUUCCUGAGGUGGUCGGCCGAACGGAGAGAAAAUGUCGGGGCAGACGCUCACGGAUCGCAUUGCCGCUGCGCAAUACCAGCUAACGGGAUCAGAUAUGGCCCGGGCUGUCUGCAAAGCCACCACUCAUGAGGUGAUGGCGCCCAAGAAGAAGCACCUGGACUAUCUGGUGUCAGCCACCAACACCACCAACGUGAACAUCCCUCAGAUGGCUGACACGCUGUUCGAGCGAUCCACCAACGCCAGCUGGGUGGUUGUCUUCAAAGCUCUCGUCACCACCCAUCACAUGUGUGUCCACGGCAACGAGAGGUUCAUCCAGUACUUGGCUUCCAGGACUUCCUUGUUCAACCUCAGUAACUUCAUUGACAAAACCGGCUCUCAUGGCUACGACAUGUCGACGUUCAUCAGGCGGUACGGACGCUACCUGAACGAGAAAGCCUUCGCCUACCGCCAGAUGGCUUUUGACUUCACCAGAGUCAAGAAGGGUGCUGAAGGAGUGAUGAGGACCAUGACCACCGAGAAGCUGCUGAAAGGCAUGCCCGUCCUGCAGACUCAGAUUGACACACUGCUGGAGUUCGAUGUUCACCCCAAGGAGCUGAACAACGGGAUCAUCAACGCAGCGUUUCUGCUUCUCUUCAAGGACCUGGUCAAACUGUUUGCGUCCUACAACGACGGAAUCAUCAACCUACUAGAGAAAUUCUUUAAGAUGAAGAAGAGUGAGUGUAAGGAUGCUCUGGAGAUCUACAAGAGGUUCCUGACCAGGGUGACGAAGAUUGGAGAGUUCAUGAAGUUGGCAGAGACAGUCGGAGUUGACAAAAAUGACAUUCCUGACAUCAACUAUGCUCCCAGCAGUAUCCUGGAGUCUCUGGAAACACACAUGAACGGCCUGGAGGACGUAAAAGGAGGCAAGAAGGGUGAAGGGUCUCCAACAAAGGGAUCUCCAACAAACAACGUGUCUCCGACAUCGACUCCGGCCAAAUCCUCAAACGCUGUCCCCGCACUGCAGCCUCCUCCUGGAGAGAGCGCCGCCGCCGCCGCCUCAGCCGCUCCAGAACCAGCCGAGGAUUCUUUGUUGGACCUGGACCCGCUGUCUUCCUCUGGGCCCUCAGCACCAUCGGCUGCCCCCACAUCUUGGGGAGAUCUUCUGGGAUCAGAAAUGGGCGACUCCUUGCUAUCCGAACCCACCCUCACAGCAGAGCCCACCCCCUCCCCUGCAGCAGCAACGCCCACUCCUGCAGCGGCAGAACCCGGAGUGUCUCUAGCUCCUCCCACUAGCACAGCAGCCGCCACCUCCCCUGGCGCCGCCAAUAUGGAUCUGUUGGGAGAUGCCUUUGCAACACCUGUCCCUGCCACUGAGGCCUCUGCAGCAGCAGCAGCCGAGGGAGGGGCUGCAGCAGCCACGUCCGCCCCUGCCGCCAGCGCAGGAGCUGAGUCCACAGGAGGAGACGCCCCAGCUGCGGCCGCCGCCGCCGCCCCUGCUGCCUCCGCCGCCCCCGGCGCUGAGCUGAUGUCAGUAUUUGAUGGCUUAGGAGAUGUAAUGAAGCCCACUCUGACCCCUCAGGCGGGGGAUGUUGACACCUCCAUGGCUAACAUGGCUAGUAAUCUGACGAUGGGAAACCCAGCAGCCCCUCAGGUAGCUCCCCCAAGUUGGGGUGCUCCCAUGACCAUACCCAUGGGUGUCGCUCCUUUUAUGGGGACUUACCCCAGCUUCACCAUGGCCCCGGCACCAGGUGCAGGAGCUCCCAUGAUGCCAAUGGCAAGGCCUGGCUUCCCUGCCACGGGACCAACCCCCGGGGCACCGAUGUCUCCUGGAAUGGCCCAGAGCCCCAGAAAGCCGCCGCCACCGAGGAACGCUCUGGACGACCUCAACAUCAAGGACUUCAUGUAGGCUGAUGGACCCAGAAACACCAGAGGUUUGUCGUUGUGUCUGGAGCUCUGUGGAUGUGGAUGUCUGCACUCCCCCUUCCCGCCCCGUCAGCCAACCAGCCAUCAACUCUUCCAUCUUCGGCCCCUCUGCCCUCUCCUCCUUGAAAGAAGAUGACCUUCCUUCCUUAUCUAAUGUUGUAGCACAAAUGUGAAUGUGAACCCUAGAUACAAAGAAAAAAAAACUACAAAAAAAAAACGAUUCCGUUUACGUGUGUGUGUGGGUGUGUGUGUAAUUCAGUGUUAACCUUUACUUAAUAUACUACAGAAAAUCAACCAAAAAAAAAAGGAAUUAAAUGUGUAUUUAGAUUCAUUCUGGAUUUCGGCGUAUCAGCUGAUUGGAAUGGUGGAUAUAUGUUGGUUUCUUUGCGCAUCUCCCAAAUGAGGACUGUGUUGUUAAAUGUGGACUGUGUUCGGUGUAACUUCACUGGCCAACCCCCCCCCCCCCCCCCCACUCCUCUAUCCCUGUCGUCCAAACUAAUACUCAGCUAUGUUUAACGUCAUAAAAACUUGGUUGUACCUAUAUCUGCUUGGCCAUCCAUUCUCCCACCUGUCUACUUCGAGUUUUGGAGGAA